CGAGUGGUGAUCCCCAUCGUACAUCUGGCCACGGCAGAUCAUACAAGCGAGCGCCGGAACCCAGCGGAACGCGCCUGGAACGCGCCCUCCUUGUCCAAGACAAUGUAAGUCGCCUAUCCUGCGCCUGUCUUCCAGCACCAUCGUAUCAUCCCUGCAGUUUCUCUACACCUUCACACCACUUAUGACUUGGGUUCUUGGAUGGCCUCUGUACCGCAAGGACUCGCUUGAGAUUGCGAAGAAGCACAACCUCGUCAAAGACCCCAAAGCCGGAGAUGACCGGCGCAUCCAAACUGCCAGAAUGUGGAUCGCAGACCAAGUCGGCAUCAUCAACGCGUACUCUUGCUGGGUGGACGAUAAGCCCGAGUUUGUCUAUGCCGCGUACGUCGAGUUCGGGGACAAGCGUGAACCUCCGGCGAAAGUCCCUCGCGCCAACAUGAUCACGGACAAGCAGUACACCCGCCUCAAGCGCGCCAUGCCGCUCAAGAACUUUGGAUGGUACCAGCAUAAUGACCCGUCAUGCGAGCUUUACAGGAGCCCCGUACCUGAAUACGAUAAUGACGAGGAUGACAGUGACGAGAAUAGCAACGGUAGCGGUGGCGAGAGCAGCGACGAGGACAGCGACGGCGACAAUGACGAGAGCAGCAAUGCAGGCCCUGACGACGAAGAGCGGAUGGAUACGGCCAAGAAGUCUGCAGGAGAUGAUAGUGACAACGAGACUGUGACCGACGGUGUUGUCUCCGCUGUGGAUUCUGGGGU